UCGGGAUCGGCGAUCGAAGAUUUAAAUAUGGCGGCUGGUGGCAUGGCGGUAAAUUCGGAGGCCAGAUUAUGGGGGCCAUUCAAAGAACUGGAACAAACAGUCCAUGCAGCCAUCCAUAGAAAAAUUCCUGAUGCCAUUCACGAUUUGGAAAUUGCUCUCAAGAAACAUAAGCCAGAUUUCAUUGCAUUGUUAAAGAACCCACCUAAGAAUGCCAUGUACAGGACAGCGGUCCGUAAUUCCACAAAGGAGGGGCUACCAGUUAUGGGGGACCAAACCAAACAAACCUUCUCACAACAGUUCAUUGAGGAGGCCCUGAUACUUAGUGACCUGUUUGAUAUGAGUGAAAUAGCAGCAGUAGAACUGCUAAUGGCAGGUGAGAGACAGCAGGCAGAGUUCCCUGGGUUGACCAGGGGCCUGGUAGCAGUGCUGUUGUACUAUGAUGGACAGAAGAGUCUGGUUAACUCCCUCCGUACCCUUCUUCAGUCCAGGGAGGGAAGAAUGUGGACCAUGGAGUUGACCCCUGACCUCUCCAGCAUGGUGAAUCAAUACACAGAUCAACUGAUUCAGAAAGAUCGUCUUAUUAACACUAUACUAGAUCAGUUAAACAACAUGGACCUAACAAAAGAAAUGGACAGACUACAAAGAGAUAGGGCCAUUGGUCCGCCUAAACACAAGAAACAGGUGUCUGACUUGUACAGAGAGAUCCAGAUUAUUUUAGCAGACUGUCUCUUCUGUCUGGCCACACAGCAGCCCCUGGAGAAAGCUGACACCUUGAGGCUGAUUCAGCACCUAAGGGCAGACAACUCACUGAGUGCUGAUGGCACCCUGGACCCUGUGAGUCUGUGUCUGUUAAUGGCUCUGCUGUACUGUUUUGAUGUCAGUUUAUUGGAACAUGAAGACGGAAGAGAGAUCCUACAGCGAUUACCAAUGAUGACAGACUCGACCUACAUACCGGACAUACACCAGGAUCUCAUGUCAACGCGAGCCUGGGCCAACCCUGGAUUAAAGAGUGUCGUGUUGUUAGCCUGGGGGGUGACUCUGAGGCAACUCAACCAGUACCAAACCCCCACAGGAGUGAAUGGAAUUUGUGAGGAGGAUGAGGUGGUUAUUAAUGAGGCCCUAGAAGCUAACGUGUUUCACUUCCUGCGGCUGGCUGUGGUGGCCGUACAUGAUUUCCAUAAAGAGGAAUAUUAUCUGAAGAAAAUCCACGGGCUGAUUACCGACUUCAUUUUUCACAUGCCACUCAAGGUGAAAGAGCUCCGUACAAGAGGAGAUGAAGCAGCGAGAAUUGCGGCGUCCCAGAGUUCCUUAGAACCUCCCACGUCACCCAGUCACGGCUUCCAGUACUUACUGAGACUGAUAGGAGAUUUAUACAGGACUGAUCCCCUCUGUCUGCGACUGUCUGUGGAGUACUGGUGUCCUCAGGAUAACUAUGGACCUCACGAAACGAUGUACAACGUUAGACCUCCACAAAGACAGGUGUCACUCUACAAGUUUGUCCGUCUGGCGGGGGAUCUCCUUCCCCCUUCCCUCUACGUGCCAUACAUCCAGAUGCUGAUUGGUCUAAGCAGUAACCCACAGUCAGCCCACUAUUGUUUUGACCUUCUCAAGGUCAAUGGAAUGGGAUCAGGAGGCCCAGCCAGUGCUGUUUCAUGGCAGCACAUUUUCCUGUCAUUGAAUCAGUACUAUGCAAGUUUACGUCGGGAGGUUCCUAGCGGUGCUGACAUGUCUCACAUGGGACUUCGUGGACCCCACCCCCGGGGAAUCACCCCACAGGAACUGGAGGGGCUGGUAGUUGUCCUGAAACUGUGUCGUGUUGUGUCUGAAAAUAAUGAGAACUGUCGCGUGGCUUUCUGUGAAAACCAACAGUGGCAGGUGGCGGUGGUGUUAUUUGGACUGGUGACAUGUAGUAUCCCCCUCGAUCUUAAAGCAGAGAUCUUCAGGGUGCUGGCGGCAUUUGCAAAGACGCCGGAUGUGGCUGCCAGUCUUUGGCAUAUGCUGGAAGCCUCCCAGAUUUUGACAACAGUUCAGAGCAGCAGUUCCUCUCAAAGUGGAAUCCAGGUGGAGCUGGAGGAGGUGGAGACCCGAGCGGAGGAGUUUCCCAUGACACGAGCUUUCCUGUCCUUACUGGACUCCCUCACUGAUAUUCCUGUCCCCCCAGGCCUCGGGGCUGGUCUCAGGGCACCAGGAUUUCAGCCAUACCUGGAGUUUGUCAAGGAUAAUGUGUUUGAGAAGUUUUAUGCUCGAAGUUACAAGAAUCCAUCAGAAAAGUGGGAGGUAGCUAGUGACUGUGUGAGGAUCCUGUGUAAACUGCUGCGGGAGUAUGAGGUGGUGGGCAGUGACUUUGGGGAGGAGUUUGUGGAGGUACAGAUGGGGGGCAUAGUCCCUGCCAACAAAUCUCCAGGGUACAUCCUUAUGCUACACCUGCUGAAGGACUCCCACUUCCUGUCCACGGUGUUGAAAAUACUAGACGACAGUGUUCGACAACUUGAAACAUACAAGACGAUACCAGGACAAGAGGCCUUGGAGUCUGCCAGCCUGCUGUGUUUACAGUUGAUAGAGACAAGUCUGGAGAAGUCGGGGACAUUCCUCGACGCUUGUCGUGAGACCGGAGCCUCAGCCAUGGUGUCUGCCAUGGAUCGUCUUCUACUGAGCAUAAAUCCACGGAGCGGAAAAGCUGACCACCUCGUCAAUGUCACAAAAUUUAUACAGUUCAGCAUUCCCCUUCCUGAGCAUGCCCAGUCUGCCAUGAAGAUCCUGUAUCGCGUGUGUCACUCCGCUCCCGUCCAAGUAGCACUUGUGAAUCUGUUUACAUCAAAUCAGACUUCUCAUCUGGAGCUGCUGCAUGGGUUUGUGGAAUGUCUGGAAGUGGAGGAACCAGAACAAAUGGUGGAGAAGACAAUCCACUUACCAGAGGAAGAGGAUGACUCCCGUGAGAUUGGCCACGUCCGGAAUUCCACCAGACAAUACCUGCUUCAGGUCCUACUGAGAUCUCUAGAUCAACCUUCACCAAACUUAGCACACCUGCUGCUGGGGUUUGACAUUAGGAAGUCUGUUAACAGAACUCUUCUGCAGGAUCCAGGAAUCCUGGGGUCACCUAAGACUUGUCUACAUGCUGUUCUGUCCCUGUUAGAGAGGGGGGUAGGGACACACUCGGGCCCCACCUGCCUGAGGGACACUCCACGGCUAUCAGAGCUGGCCUACAAACUCAUCUACCUCCUAGCUGCCAACAGGGAGACAUCCACGCCCACUUUAAGAUAUUUACGUACAACAAGGGAUUUCUUGUACAGACAGCUUCAGCAUUUGCCAUUCACUCAGCAGUUUUAUAAACGCCCAGUAAUGAUUUCUCAGUCUUGGUUGCUGAAGCUGAUUGCCAUUGAACUGCGACUGACUGCACUGAACCGUCAAAGGUCACACACACUGAGGUUAAUGAAAGCCCUGCUGGAUGAUGGGUCAGAAGGUCAAACAGUGUUACAGCCAGCAAUAGGAGACGAAGCUGAUCUGACGUAUGACAGAUUUACUGAUCAGAGUCUACAGACAUCGUAUCUGUCUCAGACAGCCAGACCAUUCAGAAGUCGCCAAGUGCGAAGAAAAUUGCUAGGACUUCUAGAUGAAGUUGAUUUUUCACAGCGCUACCCACCUACAAUGCAGCUAGAGUUUUUUGAAUUGUCAAUGAUAGAACAAGCCAUCAAAAGUGUAGAAACUCGGACUGAACAGGACGUUUUGUAUUGUGAUGUCAAACGACUUCACUGUGUACUGAUGAACGAACUAAACAAUUACCAGGGCAAUAUUAUGGUGACCCAGAGGCCUCGGGUUCUAGAGGAAGUAGAGAAUAUUCUCCAGCAUGUGGUCCUACGUAACAGAAUCAGACAGGAACUGUACACUAAACAGCAGGCUCUGGAGGCGUGGCGACAGGUCACCGAGGUUCUGUUGACCGCGUGUCCAGAGGACCUACUGACCGCCGAGGACAGACAGACCGUCUUGUUUGAGCUCCUACAGGAACUACAGAGAAAGGUGACAGAAGAUGAUGCAUUGACAGAGUUAACUGCCCCUGUAGCUGGAAUCAUUCUGACACUGAUGACAAAUCUACGUCAGUGUUUCUGUCAGGAUUCAGUCACUGAUGAAGAAACAUCGCAAUUCCUCACCAUGCUGGACUCCACAGUAGGUCAAGGUCAAACAGGGUCAUGGGGUCAAGUGUCAGGGUCAAGAACUCAAUUUGCUUCUUCACUUCAGUUGGUGCUGAGAGGAGUAAUAGAUCACAUUCUUCUGUCCAGCGGUGGUCAGCAGAGAGUGAGAGCCAAUCUAUAUGGAGCCCUUCUGUAUUAUCGACAAAUUGCCCAGAAACCCAAAUCACUGACUCAUAUAGAUACAGAGGCUGGAGGUGAUGGCGUUGGUAAGAGGAUUUUGGCCGAUGCCCACUCCGAGUACGAACAGCUGAGGCGUGAAAAUGUGGCUACCAUCCUGUCAUAUGGUGACAACUUUAUGGACAUGGUGUGUCGUGAUGCGUGUGAUGGACACGAUGUAGGACGGAUGCUGGCUUUAUCAGUACUGGACACUAUUCUGUCUAUGGACAAGUUCCAGCAGUGGAUGACCUUUAUGUCCUCCAAAGGUUACCUCCAACACCUGGUAGACAGCCUUCUCCAUGACGACCAGCAGCUACAGACACUUGUGUCUGCCACCCCUCAACUCAGAGUGCUAUACAUCUACCUAUCUAAACUAAGUUUGUUGACUCGAGUAGCAGAAUCAGCAGUGGGGGCCCACACCUUGUUACAGUGUGGAGUCAUGCAGAGGCUGGCGGGGUGUGUCUUCUUUGACCUUCGACCUGACUUUGACAGAGAUGAAGCCGGUGUGGAUACCGAGGAAGAUUUCCUGCCCAGCCCAAUGGCCCGCUAUCGUCAGCUUCUCUUUGCCGCCCUCAAAUUCUGUCUGGCCAUGCUGACCUCACUGGGCAUAGAAAACCAGGACUGUGGCAAUCAGGUGAUGCAGUUUAUCCUGUCUCAUGGAGAAGUUUUCCACGGAAUUCUGCGUGACCGGCAGCCAAGUUUAAGACUCCCAGCUUUACGGGAACUAGCUCUAACUACAGCGGUACUGACCCGAGCUAACGCCAGAGGCAUUCCAGAUGCAGAAUUUGAUGACCUUGAUCCAGCGGGAAUCGAGUUGAAAGGUCAAAAGGUCAGGAUUGAGAGACAAAUGUUGGCAUUAAUGCCAAAGUACUGCAUAUCCGAGAGAGUCAACAAACAACUCAAGUUACUGGAGUCUGAUGAGUCCACUCGAGGGAGGGACUUGAGCUCGGAGCUUGCAGUUGUCUUUUUAGAGGUGUCAUCCAAUGUUACUUCAUACUGCCGAGCUGUCAUCUCAACUUCAGGGCCAACCUCCCAGUUUUCUCGAGUUCUGUUCCGACCAAGUCUGGAUGAAGCCCUUGCUAGAGAUCUAGGAAGUACUGAUGACACAUCAUUCUUGAGUAUCAGUACAGUUCAGGCCCCCAGCCUAGGAGUGGUUGUGUACCAACUCCGUCAGUGUGCCACUCACUUCAUGUCUGUGUACGAGAGCCACAAACAACACCUACGUAAACUACAAAGUCUGGCUGACCUUAGUACAGACGAUCUCAAACAGUUUUCUGGAGUUGAAGAGAAGCUCACAUCACAUCAGAGACAGAAACUUGCUAAGAACCGCCUCACCAAAAUCGUGCGCUACAAAGAGGAACAACUGCAGUACUUUGCUUACAUCUUGGAGAACUGUCUAUUUAUGUUAUGGCGCCACCUGGAGUACUAUCUCAUUCACUGCGUUCCUGUCAAUCAGCAGACAUCUGUGUACCAGAGUCAGACUCGCAGACACACUCAACUCAGGAGACUUCAAGAUUUGACUGGGAUUUCUCACUCAUCAUUAGGGGAAUCUGAAUCGGAGUCUUUACCAGACAUUGACAGACAGCUUAUGAUGGGAGUGACCAGUGAAGAUAUAGAGACACUGAAGCAGACAGCAAACUCUGCCAUUCAUGACUCACUCCUCAAAAAGAUUCAAAAAAUUGACCAGGAAUAUUGUAAGUCCAGGACCCACUACAGCUUUGUGGAGGCCCUCAUUAGGAGAGUACGAAGACUAUUGAGGCUAAACACGGGGAGCUGAUAGUUAUAAAAACAGACACAGGUGGUUCCCUGUAGUGAAGUCAAUGAUGUCUCUAAAUAUGACUUUAAAAAAAAGACUUUCAGAAAAAAAAAUUACUGUAAAUCAAGGAAUGAUUUUAAUAUAAAGUUCUACUGGCAGUGGAGCAACUGAGCUGAUAUUGCAUGGAACUUUACAUUUCAAUAUCUGUUUAAAUCAUUUUUAGCUCACCUCAACGAAGUUGGGGGAGCUUAUGUAAUACCCUCGGCGUCGGUGUCCCAGGUUAAGGUUUUUGGAGCAGUUUUCUUUUCAAGUACUUCUAUGGCCUAUAUUAGCAGAGAUGCAUGGAGGAUGCUUCUAGUGUGUUUCAUUGUACCAGUCAAGGUUUCAGAUGCUGCAAUUUCAGGUUAAUGUUUUUGGAGCAGGUUAAAGUUUUUGGAGCAGGUUAAAGUUUUUGGAGCAGGUCUCAUUUCCAAGUAACUAUAAGCCCUAUAUUGACCAAACUUGCAUGGAUGAUACAUCUAAGGAUGCACACUACUGAACUUGCUUCGGAUGCUGGAUCUGACCUACAUUUUCCGGAUGAGUGACCAGUUUAAGGUUUUUGGAGUAGAUCUCAUUUCCAAGUAACUAUAAGCCCUAUAUUGACCAAACUUGCAUGGAUGAUACAUCUAAGGAUGCACACUACUGGGCUUGCUUCGGAUGCUGGAUCUGACCUAUAUUUUCCGGAUGAGUGACCAGGUUAAAGUUUUUGGAGCAGAUGUCAUUACCAAGUAACUAUAAACCCUAUAUUGACCAAACUUGCAUGGAUGAUACAUAUAAGGAUUCACACUACUGGACUUGCUUCAGAUGCUGAAUCUGACCUACAUUUUCCGGAUGAGUAACGAGGUUAAAGUUUUUGGAGCAGAUCUCAUUUCCAAGUAACUAUAAGCCCUAUAUUGACCAAACUUGCAUGGAUGAUACAUCUAAGGAUGCACACUACUGGGCUUGCUUCGGAUGCUGAAUCUGACCUAUAUUUUCUGGAUGAGUAACCAGGUUAAAGUUUUUGGAGCAGAUCUCAUUUCCAAGUAACUAUAAACCCUAUAUUGACCAAACUUGCAUGGAUGAUACAUCUAAGGAUUCACACUACUGGACUUGCUUCGGAUGCUGGAUCUGACCUAUAUUUUCCGGAUGAGUGACCAAGUUAAAGUUUUUGGAGCAGAUGUCAUUUCCAAGUAACUAUAAGGCCUAUCUGAACCAAACUUGCAUGGAUGAUGCAUCAAGGGAUGAACAAUCUCAAAACUUGCUUCGAAUGCUGGAUUUGACUUACAUUUUCUGAAUGAGUGACUAGUUUUAAGUUUUCAGAUAAGUCUAUUCCCAAGUAACUGCAAACCCUAUCAGACCAAAAUUGCAUAAAUGUUGCAUCUAGGGAUGCACUCUCCUAGAUUAUUAGUUUAGUGUGGGACUUUGCCUUACUUAAAGACAACAUUCGUUGAGGUGAGCUCUGUAAUCUCUGAUUACCUAUGUUUGUCCUUGUAUUUAAAGAUGUAUAUGAAUUAACUUGAGAUGAAAACAUCUACAAUAAAAAGGUUUUCUGAA